AUGCUCCGAUUCGAGGCGACUGGGAGCUCAAGUCCGACCGCCGAGGCGGUAUUCAGGGCCGAGGUGGAGCGGGCGGGCCUGAGCGAGCACUACUUCAUCGACUCCUGCGGCACCGGGGGCGGCAGCGAGGACUGGUACCGCAAGGGCGGCUUCAACUACAACCUGGGCAACCCCUCCGACGAGCGCACGGCCCGCGCGGCCAAGCGCAGGGGCUACUACCUGACCUCCAUCUCCCGGCCCCUGGCGCCGGAGGACCUGGUGGACAGCGCGCUGAUCCUGGUGAUGGAGCGCAGGAACGAGCUGGCGGUGCUGGAGGCCGCAGAGCACUGGCGCAGCGAGGGCCUGCUCAGCGUCGCCGCCCUGCCCCGCAUCGAGAACCUGCCGCGCUACCUGCGCUCCGCCCGCUUCGGGGGCCUGGACACCAUCCCCGACCCCUACUUUGGCGGCCCAGAUGGGUUUGAGACCGUGCUGGACCUGGUGGAGGAGGCCUGCGUCAACCUGCUGACCGACCUGGAGGCCCAGCGUAUGGGUUCUGAGAGCGGGGCCGGGGAGGCCCAGGAGCAGCAGGCCUGA